AUGCGGGGCGAGGCCGCCUCGCUCGCAGCCAUGCAUCGGACCGCGCCGCCGGGCCUCAUCCCCCGCAUCCUGGGGUUCGUGGACGACGACGUGGGCGCCCUCGUGACGGAGUACGCGGAGGGGAGCGGGGGCGGGCAGGUGGCACUGGGCCGCGCCCUCGCCGAUAUGCAUCGGCCGCCUCAAGAUGCGGAGGGCCGGCCUAACCGGGGGGAAGCAGACACCGUGGGACAAGAGAAGCUCGACACGCUCGCGACAUACACUGGCGCGUUCGGGUUCGGGGUGCCGACGCACUGCGGGGCGACGGAGCAGGAUAAUACGUGGACGGAGAGCUGGGAGGAGUUCUUCCGCGAUCGGCGGUUGGGCGAUCUCGUGCGCCGCAUCGGCGACCCGCGCGUCGAUAGAGCAUGGAGGCGGCUCAAGGACGGCGCUGUCCCCCUCCUCCUCCAUGACAUCUCGCCGGCUCCCGUUCCCGUGCCGCUCCAUGGCGACCUAUGGCCGGGUAAUGUGGCGGGCACGGCCAUCUACGAUCCUGCGGGGUACUAUGGGCACGGCGAGGCGGAUCUGGGCAUGACACGUAUGUUUGGAGGCUUCUCGCAGGCCUUCUACGACGCUUACCAUGCCGUGCAUCCGCGCAGUACGCCGCACUACGAGCAGCGGAUCAGGCUGUACGAGCUGUACCAUCACCUCAACCACGCACUCAUGUUCGGCGGAGGGUACACAGGCGGUGCGCUACGGAUCAUGGACGAGCUAGCCGACUGGGCUGAGGCGCAGCAGCAGCGCUGA